AUGAAGUGCAUCGGUUCUCUAGCGCUUGCUCUGCUCUCUGUUACUUCUGUUUUAGCGACAGGAUCGCUCUAUCCUAGGCGCCCUCCAGGUGGUGGACAUGGAGGUGGGGACUCCGACGACAUGGACUUUCCACCUGGGAGCGGUCCAAGUCGUGGCGGAGGUUCCGGCGGAGGCAACGAAACCUCUUCAAGCCUCCGAGGAGAUUCAAGAUGUGUUUCCACUAUGUGCAUUGCUGCAGAAGUGAAUGGGGACACCGUUCGAUACACGUUGACAAGCCAGCGUCCCGAAGUUGGUUGGAUGGCUAUUGGAUUUGGUCGCCAGAUGGUGCGAUCCCCAAUGGUCAUUCUAUGGGCCAAUUCAGAUGGAUCGAUAACCUUGUCACAAAGACAAGCCGCUCGCCAGGUUGAGCCCGAUGUGGUGGCCGCCCCUCCACGAGUCGCGACCCUGCAAAACUCUUUGUCAGUGGCCAAUGGCGAUACCCAGCAAUCCCUCAUCUGGGCCUUCUCUCCCGUCCAACCAUCUUCUUCUGACGUUGACGCCCGCCUGGUGCAACAUACGUCUCAAGGCACGAUUACUUUGGACUUAACAAGGACCACUGGGGGCGGCACGAAUGGAGGCAGUAGCGACGAUGCGGGCGAAAGCGUCCCAUUAACGGGAAACCAAAAGACCCUCCUAGCUCACGCGGUUGUCGCAACCGUCGGUUUCCUCGUAAUUUUGCCAAUCGGAGCAUUGAUUCCCCGAUAUCUACGCACAUUCGCCAGUGGAUGGUUCAAGUUCCAUUGGAUUAUCCAAUUCAUCCUUGGUGGACUCGCCGUCGUCAUUGGCGUCAUCCUUGGAAUCGUCGGUGUCGCCAACUCAGGUGGAACUCAUGUCAACUCUACCCACAAACGUCUGGGCAUUGCGUUAUUGGUGCUCUACAUUGUGCAGGUCUCCCUCGGUGCAUUUAUUCACUUUGUUAAGCCCAAGAAUCGCCCCGGCCGGCCGCCACAGAACUACCUACAUGCUGUCUUGGGUAUCGCUAUCAUUGCUCUAGCGCUAUGGCAAGUGAGGACGGGAUAUAGACAAGAAUGGCCUGAAAGCACUGGGAGGCCGGCCGCCAAUGGUGUCAACAUUGUGUGGCAUGUCUGGGUUGUCUUGCCUAUGGUGCAGGACUUGCUCUCUUGCCCAGACAAUGGAGGCAAGAGAGGAAGGCAAGACAAGGCCACUAACUCAGUAAAUAUGAGCCACCCACGAAGUUCGACGCUCCCGCAGCUCGAGAUUCCAAAGAAUAGUGUAUUGAUUUUCCUCUGUUCGUAA